AUGCAGAGCCUCGAUUACACGCACGACAUAGUUUGCGAGGCGUCGCAGUUGGAAGCAGCGGCGCGGGUAGUGUUGCACACCAUAUGCUUCCACCGCUUUCUCGGUACAGUCAAGCCGGCGUACCUCGAGGUGUUUGGCAUGACGUUUAUCAGCCAGCGAUAGCAGAUCCACAAGUCGACGAGCUCCUCGCCCAACGCGCAUUGCAGCUCGUCGCCGCUUUCGCUUUGAGUGGACGAGCUACUCUCGCAGUGUACUUUCUGCCGCCUUCCAGCAAGAGUUCUUCAUCCAUCAAGGCAGACGCCGCUACCACGACUUCGCUCACCGAACCCAGCAGCAACAGCACCAGCACCAGCAGCAAACAGGGCGUAGUCCAUACCGCCGCUCAUGCAGCCUCGUCCCUACGCGCCUGGGCCUCGCCGCGCAACUACCCAUACGGCUGGCUCGCACAGGCGUUUUCUUCCGGCGCCGGACAGCCGAGCGGCACCUUCGUUCCGCCGUCGGCGUCUAGCCCUGCGCAAGUGCAAGACGAGCUGGCACACAUCGAGGCCGAGGCAUUCGAGCGAUGGCAUAUCACCUUUGAACUCAAGCAGAGAGGUGUUGUUAAGAAGGAGCUGGCGAGGUUUGUGGAGAGUGUGGUCGGAUUUGUGGAGCGCAACAAGGCGCAUUUGCCUGCUAUCCCUAGUGCAGAUCUGUGUCCGUAUCCUAUGCACAUCUUUGUACGAGCUGUUUGA